AUGGAGACACUGCAGGAGAAGUCCCAGCAUAAGGAAGAGCUGGGAGCAGUCCGACUACGGCAUGAAAAGGAGGUGCUGGGAGUGCGUGCUCGAUAUGAGCGUGAGCUCCGAGAGCUGCACGAAGACAAGAAGCGGCAGGAGGAGGAGCUCCGUGGGCAGAUCCGGGAGGAGAAGGCCCGAACACGGGAGCUGGAGACUCUCCAGCAGACAGUGGAAGAACUUCAAGCUCAGGUGCACUCCAUGGAUGGAGCUAAGGGCUGGUUUGAACGGCGUCUGAAAGAAGCUGAGGUGAGUUGGUGGUGCCAGUGA